AUGGGUAAGGAUAAACAUAGAAAUGAGGUAUGUAUCGUAGUAAAUAAACACCUGAAAGAUUCUGUAAUUAUAGUAACAAAGAAAGGAGAUCUGAUUAUUUCAGUUAAGCUUGUGAUCGAAGAGAGUAUAGUUAAUAUUAUUAGUGCUUAUGCACCCCAAGUAGGCUUGGAUGAUCUUACUAAAGAGCAAUUCUGGAAGCAGAUGGAUGACGUGGUUCAAGGGAUACCUUUUGGGGAGAAGCUAUUUAUAGGAGACGAUUUCAAUGGUCAUGUGGGAAUGCAUAAACAAGGGUAUGAGAAGGUGCAUGAUGGCUUUGGAUUUGGUGACCUUAACGAAUGUGGUAGGAGGAUUUUAGAUUUCGCGGUAGCUUUUGACCUCAUAGUUGGGAAUACUCUCUAUAUGAAGCGAGAGGAGCAUUUAAUUACAUUUAAGAGUGGAGCCAAUAGAAGUCAAAUUAACUAUUUUCUUGCUAGAGUUAUAGACCACAGAUCGCUUAACAUGUAA